UUGAUGCCUCAAGCCGAAAGAACCCAGCAAGCUCAAGAUGCGCGCCUUUAUCGUCCUCUGUUUGGUGGCAGUCGCCUGCGCCGAUAAGCUCGGCUACAACUACCAGCCCGUGGGCCACUCCAGCUCUGGACUGUCCUUUGCCCCUGGCAGUGGCAGCAUUGGAGGUGGCUCCAUUGGAGGUGGAUCUAUUGGAGGAGGAAGCCUAGGAGGUGGUUCUCUGGGAGGUGGCUCCCUGGGAGGUGGCUCCAUUGGAGGAGGAAGCAUUGGCGGUGGUCUCGGAGGCCUCAGCGGUCUGGGAGGUGGCGAUGCCUUGAGCGCCCCCGUCUCCUACGAAGCCCCUGCUGCCACUGGUGAGCUCGAGAAGGAGUUCUUCACCUUCUCCGCCAACGAACAGGACUUCGAUGAGCCCCAGGAGCUGGAGCGCGUCGCUGGAUCCGUGAACAAGGGACUGCGCGUCGUCUUCAUCAAGGGACCCGAGAACCGUGGCCUGGAGAACGCUGCCCUGGCCCUGGCCAAGCAGGCUGCCCAGCAGGAGACCGCCAUCUAUGUCCUGAACAAGCAGGCUGACAUCGGGGAUCUGGCCAGUAAGCUGAACGCCAUCCGCAGCAACAACAACAACAAGCCCGAGGUGCACUUCGUCAAGUACCGCACCCAGGAGGAUGCUGCCAAUGCCCAGCGCGCCAUCCAGGGACAGUACGACCAGCUGGGAGGAUCCUCUCAGGCUCAUGACGGUGGUGUGGCCCCCGCCCUGAACUUCGCCUCCGCCGGACCCGUCCAGAAGGCCCAGGCCCAGAUCCCGGAUAACGCCUACCUGCCCACCUCGGUGUUCCGUCGCCUGCGCUUCUAGAGCGGCCGAAGGCUGGACUCGAUUAGUCUAAGCGAAUCUCGACUGAAGAACCCAUCCUCCUGUUACCCCUUGUUGACUAAUGCAUAAUUACACCAAUAAAUUUGAAUUUUAAAAUCGAAA